CUGAAGAGUUACACUCUCCUCUCUUAUUAACGCCACUACCAAGAGAGAAAGAAAUCAAAAACUGUUCCCUUCGGUGGUAACUCUAAACACUGUCUCAGUCAGAGCGAGAGAGAAAUUUGUUUGCUGAAUCAAUGUCGGCCUCCAAAACUCCAUCUUCUUCUAGCAAGAGGGGCUUUGAAAAGCGCGGGAGUUGGAAGAGAACUACCAUGUUAAAUUCUGCACGGAUAAUUCUGUGGUGACCUGACUGGAUAGACUGUGAGACCAGCGAUGACCCAGGGUUCAGUUGAUAUCUAUGCUGCACAAUGCAAACUUUGCAUGAAAUGGAGAGUGAUUGAUACGCAGGAGGAGUUUGAAGAGAUUCGUCAUAAGAUCAUCCGAGACCCUUUUGAUUGUAGCAAAAAGGCUAAUCGUAGCUGUGAUGAUCCUGCUGAUAUCGAAUAUGAUUCUUCUCGGACAUGGGUCAUUGACAAGCCUAACAUUCCAAAGACUCCACAAGGUUUCAAGAAAAUCUUGGUGCUUAGAAAGGAUUACUCUAAAUUGGAUUCUUACUACAUCACACCUACAGGUAAAAAACUGAGAACCCGCAAUGAGAUAGCAGCAUAUCUUAAAGACCAUCCACAACCCAGUGGUGUAUCUGCUGCGGAUUUUGAUUUUUCAUCCCCAAAGAUUAUGCAAGACACCAUCCCAGAAUUUAUUGAGCAACAGAAGGAUUCUGCAAACAAAAAAGCUAAGAUAGCUAAAGAUGAAGUUUGAGGAAUGUUAUCACAAGGUUGCUGCAUGCUGUUGUUGUUGAUGCUAAUUAUGGUUGGUUUGUCUGUAAUAUAUUAUUUCUAGAUAUUGUGUUAGGGAACACCAAUUCAGUGGUAUUGAAACAAAUUUAAUUUUAGUUCUGGUGUUCCAUUGUAACCUAAACAGAUAUUUGCAGGCUCUAUAUGUUGACUGAUCAGAACACCCAAAAUAUAUUUUCUAUUCUUCUAUGCAACUCAAUCAAUUUGCGUCACA